AAACAUGGCGCAUAACCUCCAGAUGGUGCUGUGAAUCAUGGCGUUACCCUGUGCGCGAUUAGCGUGCGACGUACUGCGAAGAAAGCAUAUAUUCCGUUGUCAAUAUUUGACAGUUUUAAAUGUCGAGCGUGAUUUUAGAACUGGAACGGCAAACUCUUUCCGCGAAAAGGGUCGUUUGCGCGACGAGAACUCGAAGCGUUACAUAACCUGUUCUGCGCUCGUCGCCUCGGUCCUCGGAUAUGUCUUGUACAACUGGAAGGAGGAUUUUAGGGGGGAUGUGGCGGGGUUCAAGUUUGAAAAUGUGAAAUCUCCCUUUCCCGCCAUUCACGCGGCAACGAACGUAUUCGCGACUAACGUAAACCAUAAUCGCGACAAGUACAACUUCAUUGCGGACGUCGUCGAGGUCUCCGCACCGUCCGUGGUUUACAUCGAAAUGAAGGAUCAGCGAAGGAUAGAUUUCUUUACGGGGAAACCGAUGACCACCAGCAAUGGCUCUGGUUUUAUCGUCAAGGAGGAUGGUUUGAUAUUGACGAAUGCGCACGUGGUUAUUAACAAGCCGAAUACCUCUGUCAAGGUAAACGUUCGACUGCAAGAUGGUACCAGCUACACGGGAACCGUUGAAGAUAUCGAUAUGAAGAGCGACUUGGCCACGGUUCGCAUAAACAAGACCAAUUUGCCGGUUAUGAAGUUGGGAAGUUCUUCAACCCUGAGGCCAGGGGAGUUUGUCGUAGCUAUCGGAUCGCCAUUAGCCCUUAGUAACACUAUUACCAGCGGAAUUGUUAGCAGUGUCAACAGACAAAGUGAGGAGUUAGGAUUACACAACACAAACAUGGGCUACAUACAAACUGACGCAGCUAUUACCUUUGGCAACUCUGGUGGUCCUCUGGUAAAUCUUAACGGCGAGGCAAUCGGCAUAAAUGCGAUGAAAGUAACCGCCGGCAUAUCUUUUGCCAUACCGAUCGAUUAUGCAAAGGAUUUCCUGAAGAGGGUGGAAGAGCGUCGAAAAUCGAAAGGCUUCACAAUUCUAGGUUCGCAGACGAAUAUCGAGAGUCCGAGAAGGCGCUACUUGGGGAUUACUAUGCUGACUUUGACCCCUGAUAUCUUGUCCGAAUUACAUCAGCGUAAUGAAAAUAUCCCGUGGAACGUCAGGCACGGUGUUUUAGUCUGGAAAGUUAUCGUUGGAUCGCCUGCAGACGUAGGUGGAUUAAAGCCCGGAGACAUCGUGACGCACAUUAAUGGGGAGCCGGCAAGGGCCGCCAUUGACAUUUACAAAGUCCUUGAGAAACCAGGUCCCGUGAAUGUGACCGUCGUUAGAAGCGGACAGGUCGUCCAAGUUUCCGUUGUGCCCGAAGAAGCGUGAGAGAAAACCUCAAAAUAUAAUUAUAAAUUUUAGCUAUGAAAAAACAAACGAAGACGUCAAACAUUUAUUCAAUACAAUGUUGUUACAAUAUUUGAAGAGCUGUACAGAAAAGAACAUAAAAUAAAUAAAUUAAGAAUAUACAACUGUA